ACGAACAACUACCCACUUCUGGACUGAUUUAUGGGAAACCUUCACCGGUGAUAGUCGUUUGAAAAUCCGCAUUUUUUGAAUUUAAAUCAGCCGCCAUGUUGUGUUUGUUGAAAUGUCAAAAGGUUACUUGUUGGGUCGAGCGGACUCCAAAUAAAUAAUCAAAUUGUCCAGAGUCGAUAAAUCCGGCUAGAUAAACCCAGUGCACACACCAUGUGAAACAACUAAACAAUCUGUCCUUCACUUGUAAGUGUAAAAAAUGAAUCUCAUAACUUAAUUACCAUACGGAAGGUGAAGCAACAAUGCAGUAACCAUUUAGAAAAAAUGAAUAACUAUGUGCAACAUCUGGGCUUAACAGCUUGGCGCAGAAAAUCCGCACUGUUAAUAGCAUCAGCACUGCUUUCUUUGAUAAUAUUUGGCUUACAAUUCUCAAGACUGACCGAUAAACCCACCCUCAAGGAAGAAAAUGGAAGCCCGCAAAUGGUUGCGGACGCUCUUAUCAGUAACGUCAGAUUUGUCGAGUCGAAUCAAAAAUCCAACACCGCGAAAACCGUCACCGCUGAAUUAAGUCUGGAUGAAUUCGCCAAUAUGGAGCAACCCUUCGUAGACGGCAAUGUGCGGAAGCGAUCAGGGAAUGAGGCUUUGGAAACUGAGCAACAAAUGGGAAUUCCAUAUGUUGUGUUGAAUGCUGAGAGACCCUAUAUACCCCGGAAACGCAUAGUUCAUCUGGAUUUGAAGGGGGCGCCGCCGCUUAUCUCGUUCUUCAGGAAGUUUUUCCCGUUGAUCCGGAAUUUGGGGGCCACAGGGAUCCUUUUAGAAUAUGAAGACAUGUUCCCCUACACCGGUAUUCUAAAAAACAUAACUGCCAAAAACGCUUUCACCCCAGAACAAGUCAAAGAAAUCCUAGACUUAGCCGAAAAGUCGCAGCUUGAACUCAUUCCGUUAAUCCAGACUUUCGGUCACGUCGAGUUCGCGCUUAAGCACCCAGAAUGGGCGAAGCUGCGCGAAGUUCCCGGCAGCCCCCAAGCCCUGUGCCCCAGCCGAAACAGCUCUCUCGAUUUCGUCAAAGAAAUGGUAACCCAAAUCAUGUCCAUGCACCCCCACAUCAAAUAUCUCCACAUUGGCUGUGACGAAGUUUUCCAAAUCGGCGAAUGCGAAGUUUGCCGACUAGAACUACACGAAACUCUUUUCCUAAAGCACGUCCAAAACGUGGCCAAACUCAUCCACGAGAAAUUCCCGAAGUUGCGUUUGAUAAUAUGGGACGACAUGUUGCGUCACUUGUCCCAACAGAGCAUGCUUGAUGUGAGUCUGGGCGACAUUGUGGAACCCAUGGUGUGGGUGUACGCGGAGGAUAUCUACAGGUUUGUGCAGCCCCCGGUGUGGGACAAGUACGGGGUGGUUUUUAAGACGGCGUGGGCUGCGUCGGCUUUCAAGGGGGCGUUCGGGGAGACUUUAUCUGUACCUGAUUCUAGGAGGCAUUUGGAGAAUAAUUUGAGGUGGUUGGAGGUGAUGUCGCAGCAGGAUAAGAAUUUCAAGAGGGGGUUUACGGGGUUGGUGUUAACGGGGUGGCAGAGAUACGACCACUUUGCAGUUUUGUGUGAGUUGUUACCAGCAGGUAUACCGUCUUUAGGGUUAAGUUUAGUGGCGACUACUCAUGGGUAUUUUAAUUCGAGCUUAAAACAUAAAUUUCUGUCGGGGUUGACUUGUCCGCAGCACAAUUCGGGGCGUAAUCAACCCUUUAUUGAGUUGGAACUGGAUCCGUACCUGUGGGAUAAACUGGCGCGGUGUAUGUUCCCGGGGAGCCCGUUUUUUCGGUUAACGUUUAGGCUACACACGAUGGAAACCGAGGUCGACGACUUUAUUAAAUCUACAAAGCAGUCGAAAGGGUGGAUGACUGACUAUAACGUUAGACAUAAUUAUAGUUUACCUUUAAGGGUCGACGAGUUGACGGGUGAUUUACCGAGAAUUUAUCAUGGUACCACUGCUCUAGUCAGGUCGGCGGUAGACGCUAUGGUGGAUGUUUUUGAUAAUUAUACAAUUAGCGAAUGGAUAGAACAAAAAAUAUAUCCGUAUAUAAUUGAGUUAGAAAAAAUACAAAAUCAAAGUAUUGCGUUGAAAAGUGUCAAUCAGUGGUCUGCAAGACCAUUGCCUCCUUUGAAAGAUCUUCAAAGAUUGGGCGUUUCUAUAAAUGCGAAUUAAUUGUUGUUAUUCAUAGUUUAAACAAAGCAGUUGUGUUCAAACUGGAAACUUGAGUACCUUUAUGAUACAAUCGUUACCUAUGAUUUAUUUGCUAUUCAGUUGAAAGGAAAAAAUACUCGUAUACAGGAUGAUGUAAUACUCGAUUUAAACUACUCCUACGUCUUUAUUAAAUAUAGAAUGUUUUAUGAUAGUUGUAACUGUGUAACUGUUAUUUUAUUGUAAAUUAUAAACUGAUAACUAAGAAUCUACAAGUAACAACAAAGAGAAAUUUGUCUAUAAAUUUUUAAAAGUAAAAAUUCGUGACGUGUUACAUUUCUAAUACAGGAUUGUAUUAUAAACUGAUGUUAUAAUAUUUAAAUUUGAAAAUCAGACUCUUAAAACUGUCACUCGUAUAAUAUCAAAGAAAAUCGAAAACAUGCACUUUUUUGUUGAAGAAAUCUUCCAACAUCGGCACAAAGUUUAUACAGUAUUUAAGGUCGUCGUGCAAUUAAGCUCCACCCCCUUGGCUGACGACGAAUAAAAAAAUCAUCACAAUUGAGAUAGGGCGGGUGGGCGGAGCUUACAUUUUGUCUUUUUUUCUUAAUAAGUGUAGUCAUCCUUUCACAACAAGAAACUUAAACAUGUUUAAAAUAGUAAAUUUGUUCAGAGAAAUAUCGAUUUUACAAUUACGCUCCGCCCCUCGGUCUAACAACGAAUGAAAAAUUCAUCACGAUUGAGAUCGAGACGGAUGGGUGGGGCUUCUCGUGUGGUUUUCUUUUUAAGUAAUACAUUUAGUUUUCUUUGUAUAACACCAUUACUUAAGAACAUAUUUCACCUGGUAAUUUCUUGAUUUAAGUUUCUUGUUGCGAAAAGAAGUCUACACAUAUAUAUUAAAACAACAAAGGCAAAAUGUUAAACCCGCCCACCCGCCCUAUCUCAAUUGUGAUGAUUUUUUUUAUUUGCCGAGAACCAAGAGGGCGGGGCUUAACUGUAAAAUAUUUAUUUCUUUACACGAAAUUAAAAAUAUGGGUUUGAGCAUCGUGUUGCUCAAAGACAUCUAUGUAUGUUAAGAAAAAAGGGAUAUAGUUAAAUUUUUCAAGUUCUUGAUUUAAAUUUUUUAUUUUCUUGAUUUUCUAACUUUUGU